AUGCGCCGUCGAGCGCGGUCCGUGCCAAUUCUGCCGAUCGCGAACCAACAGUCUGCUCUCAAUUCAGAGCUUGCGGCGUCCGGGCAUUUCCAGGAUGAAGGUGGCGGGAGUUUCAUGAUUAUAAUUCGUGCAACUGAGUCGGGUUCUGCCCGGUCCUCGUGGACCCAGCCUCAACGCGGUACUACUCCGGGACCCCAUGCCGUCGACCGGUGUAUCGCACUAGCUGUGAUAUCCCGCACCCCUCCCCUCCGCGCCGCAGCGGGAGGCGGCGAGAUCACGGCAUGCACGCCCGUACGUGUGUAUGUUCUAUUCCAAAUGAUCACCCUGGACCCUUUUUUCUGGUUCAACACAGCAUUAUCAUCAUCAUCAACCCAAAAUGCGUCCGACAAGCGGCAGACAAAAGUCUAUCCAAGACAUGGUUGCUCGAGUGUCUCGGACGGCAGCAUGUGUUGGUGUAGCUACAUCCAGGACAAUACCAGAACUCACGCGUAG